CCACUCCUUAGCCCGUGUGCCCUUUCCAUCGUAUCUCUUCAACGCGAACCCUACCUCCCCGUUGUCAUCAUGUCCUUCCUCACAAGCACGACCCGGCAAGCCAGCCGUCUCCUAUCUCGCCACCACCUUCCCCUCCCACAACCGCAAACCAGGUGUGCUUCAAGCAAGACUCCCUUCCAAUGGGACGACCCACUCUCUUCUCAGUCCCUUCUCACCGAAGAAGAAAUAAGCAUCCAAGAAACCGCCCGCUCUUACUGCCAAGACCGUCUUCUCCCACGCGUGCUCGACGCCUACCGCAAUGAAAACUAUGACCGCGACAUCCUCCGCGAAAUGGGCUCCCUCGGCCUUCUUGGACCCACGAUACAAGGCUACUCUUGCCCUGGCGUAUCGUCCGUCGCCUCGGGCCUCAUCACCCGCGAAGUCGAGCGCGUCGACUCCGGCUACAGAAGCGGCAUGUCUGUGCAGUCCUCCCUCGUCAUGGGUCCAAUUGACCAGUUCGGCUCCAAAGCCCAGAAAGACCGAUGGCUCGAGAAGCUCGCCCAGGGCGAACUGGUCGGCUGUUUCGGCCUGACAGAACCCAACCACGGCUCCGACCCGGGGUCUAUGGAGACCACCGCGAAACCACACCCAACGAAGAAAGGCUACUACCUCUUAUCCGGGGCGAAAACCUGGAUAACCAAUUCCCCCAUCGCCGACCUGCUCCUGGUCUGGGCCAAAGUCGACGGCCAGAUAAAGGGUUUCAUCAUCGAGCGUGCCGCAUGCCCCACUGGCACCCUUGAAACUCCCGCGCUCAAAAACAAGAACGGCCUGCGCGCCUCUAUCACCGGCAUGAUCCAACUGGACAAUUGCCCCGUGCCAGCCGAGAACAUGCUCGACGUAACCGGUCUCAAGGGGCCUUUCAGCUGCCUCAACUCUGCACGCUUCGGUAUUGCCUUCGGCGUGGUCGGGGCGUUGGAAGACUGUAUCGAGCGCGCUAGGACGUACUCUCUCGAGCGUAAGCAGUUCAACAACCCGCUUGCCAAAUUCCAACUCGUCCAGAAGAAGCUGGCUGAUGCCGCAACGGAUGCAAGUUACGGUAUGCUUGCUGCGAUUCAGGUUGGCAGACUUAAAGAUAGCGAGGCCGGAUUGGCGCCAGAGAUGAUCAGUAUGAUCAAGCGGCAGAAUUGUGAUCGGGCGCUACACCAUUCGCGGACGCUACAAGAGAUAUUUGGCGGGAAUGCAGUCAGUGAUGAGUACCAUAUUGGACGGCACGUGGCAAAUCUGUUCGUUACGCAGACGUAUGAAGGGCAGAGUGAUAUUCAUGCGUUGAUACUGGGAAGGGCGAUUACGGGGCUGCAGGCCUUCUUUUGAGUCGAGCAGGCGAGUUUUAUUUCUUGAAUGGACGGUCUGAAUUCUUUAAUUGAGUUGGCAUGGAUGGAGUUUGUCGUCGAUUUCCCGUAGAAGUGAGU